AUGCGAACCAAGAGGACUUCUGGCCAGCCAUGGAACUCGACGAUUUGAACGCGGCGAUUUCUGGAUUUCAGGAUGGUUCUGUUCUAAGCGCACAGGAGAAAGCACAGUUUGUGCUGGCCGGUUUUGUGAAGGUGCGCCGGGCGCUGUCCGCCGCGGCGGUCUCGGCCGCCGGGCGAGCGGUUUGGGCCGCGGCGGAGCGCCAGGAAGAGGGCACAGCGGCCGAGGGCGACGACGUGGGGUGGAGUGGGCGGCCGAGUGCCUGGGAACGAGGUGAUGUGAUGAUGAAGCAGCAGAUUCCCAGUGAUUUGCUGCAGAACGCAUCUUCCUUGCAUGGGGCGUUGGAUGAUUUGCUGGGUCGGCGCUGGAGCAUGGAAGGCUUAGAGGACCUGGGCUGGGCGCCCAUGCGCUUUCCGGCAGCGCGCCUGCGCUGCCAGCGCCCGAGUGCCAAUGGGGCCUCUGGCUCUGGCUGGGGAGCAGUGGAAGCGACUCGUGUGGAGGCGCCAUGCCAAUAUCACUUGGAUGGCUCCUGGUAUCAGCAUCAUCUCUUUUGUCCACAACAAGCCAUCAUCGUCUGUGUGGUGCUCACGGACACCGCCUUGGGAGGUGCGGGCACCGCCGUGAAGUUGGCCUCGCAUUUCUACAUGGCUCAGUUGUUGGCAAGUGCGGGAGCUGCUGGGAUGGACCACGCCAGCCUUUGCAGCGAAGCACAGGCAAUAGACGUCCAGCAGCACCCAGAGUAUGAGAUCUAUUGCAAUGCUGGGGAUGUGCUGCUCCUACAUCCACAUUUGGCGCACAGCAGCACCACCAAUGUUCGCUUUGGAAGCGAUGUUCGCUUAGCUUUAACCAAGCGAGCCUAUUGGGUCACAGGACCCAGCAGCUCCCUCGGCGGUUUCAGCGGCGUCGCACCGGUGGAGCUGCCGCUGUCGUGGGCGGUCGCGUCGACGAGGACGGAGCUGCCAUGCCUGGUGCGCCGUGCGCAGGAGCUGCUGGCAGAGCGCGCGGAUGCGUCGGUGCUGCCGUGGCUCGAGCUCCAGGAGCUGACCUUCGAGGCUCGAGUUGCGACGGCGCAAGAGGUGGAUGCUCGACUUGAGGUGAGCAUCUCUGAGUCAGAUCUGGACCUGGGAGGCCUGCUAUUGAUGCCUCAGACUCUGGCGCAGCUGUGGAAGGUCGCGGCUGGCAGAGCCACUCGGGGCGUUGGUGCUUUGAGUCUCGGCUUUGCACGAUGUGGUUUGGGCCCAGCUGGUAGCGUCGAGCUGGAGCGGUGCCUGGCAAAAACGCCAUUGCCAUUGAGAGCUCUCUUCUUGCAAGGCAAUGCUAUGGGUGAUGGCGGUGUUGUGGGGUUGCUGGCACUCGCAGCAGACAGUCUACGUGCCUUGGAGACCUUGUCCUUGAGCUCCAACGAGCUCAGCGAGACCAGCGUGGAGGCGCUGGCCGACGCCUUGGGGGUCGGCUCCUUGCGCUGGCUGAAGCUCAACCAGAACCGUCACCUGGGCCAAUCAGGCGCCACCGGGUUGGCGCGGCUGACGCGGCUGGAACGGCUGGAGCUCCGGUGCUGUCCAUUGAAGGAUGCUGGCCUUGACGCACUUCUUGAGAAGUUGGAGAGCUCGCGAUUGCAGGCCUUGGACCUGGAGCGCACGCGCCUGACGGAUGCGGCGGCCGUGGCCCUGGCGGAGUCCGCGCGCCGGGCGCUUCCGGACCUGGUGGCCCUGUCCUUGCGCGCCUGCCAGCUGACGGAUCGUGGCGCCGCACCGCUGCUUGCGGCCCUGUGGAGUGGAUUGAGGCGCUUUCAGAAGCUUGAUCUUGGCCGGAACUUGGUGGGAGAUCCCACGGUCGAGGCCUUUGCAGAGCUUGUGCCAUCUUUCUAUCUUCAAGGAGUCACUGGUCCCGCGCGUGCGGUGGAGUUGCUUCUGGGCACGAACCAGGUCACCGACCGAGGAGUGCAACGCUUGGUCCAGGCCUUCGACUCCAACGCGAACGACGCGAACGGUGUGAAGGUGCUCAACUUCACCAGCAAUCGUUUGACCUCUCAGUCGCUACUCUGUGUCACAGAGUUCUUGGAGAAGUGUUCUUUCAGAAAGGUGCUGCCAGUCGAAGAGUUGGAUCUCACUUACAACGAUACUUCAGUCGACUCGGUGGCCGCCUUCCGUGCCGCGGUGCUCCGACUGGGCCAGUCCUUGGGCCGCUCCCUCGCGUGGAGUGCUGGAUGUGGAUGAGACGGAGUCUCGACGACGCAGACGAGAAAUGCUCGCGUUUGGACCACGACGUGAAGCUUUUUCAAGGGGGAGGGAGAAGCAAUGGAUGAAGCAUGGGAGGAAUUGGAUGGAAUGGGAUGAAGUUCUUGAAGAGUUCCUUCAACUCGAUCAGAUGCCUAAAGUUCUGGGGGGGCUUCACGCUGGAACGGUGGAUGUUCACGCAGUGGAACGCAGGGACGCCGGGAACGGUGCGGCUGCUUCAGAUGGACGGUGGAUGGCUGUGGUGCCUCACGUCUCAUGGUGCUUGGGCUGAUUCAAGUUCAAUUCAUCGGAUGUUGAUGUGCGGUGGCAUGGCUUCGCAGCGGUCCUUCGUCGGUAGAUUUGAAUUCUACAAUCUUCUAGUCCUACACGCUUGCAGCAGAAGUUGGUCGAGGAGAUUCCGCUCAUCAUCUUCGCAGGUGUUCAGUGACGACCCAAAGAGGUCAUGGCAGGACAAGACCGGAG